GCUGUUCGUCAUGGCAGAGAAAAAGUUCAUCAGAUCCGGCCUCCGACGCGCGACUACUACUACGACUCCUCCUCAACACCCUUCGCCCGCCCUCUCCCGUGUCCCUAGUUAUCUGCCAUUGAGCCCGUGAAGCCUCCCGGCAGCUCUCCCUCCCACAAUGGCUCCCAACAUGCGGCCUCUUGCCGCCGCCAAUCUCGUGUCGCAGGUCCAGCUGGCCGCACGUCGUACCUACACUACUACACAGCGUCCAUCUCUUAUCGCAAACAGAGCGCGUUGGACCCCGCGGCCAACACAGCACCAGAUUGCCCUGCGCCAGUCAGUCCGACAGCAGUCGACGGGAGCGCCAACCCCCAAGCCCAAGAGGAGAUUCCGCUUCCUGCGCUGGACAUGGCGACUCACCUACCUUUCGGCCCUCGGCGGCCUGGGCUACGUCGGAUACGGCAUCUACGAGAUGCGCAAUCCCGCUGACCAGCCGCCGCCUGACCCAAGCAAGAAGACGCUCGUCGUCCUGGGUACUGGCUGGGGCUCCGUCUCGCUGCUGAAGAAGCUCGACACUGAAAACUACAAUGUCAUCGUCGUCUCCCCGCGCAACUACUUCCUCUUCACCCCGCUCCUUCCCUCCUGUACCGUGGGCACCAUUGAGCACCGUUCCAUCAUGGAGCCUAUCCGCAACUUCCUGCGCCACAAGAAGGCCUCGGUCAAGUACUACGAAGCCGAUGCGACCAAGAUCGAUUACGAGAAGAAGGUCGUCUACAUCAACGAUGACUCGCCCAUCAAGGGCGACAUCACCCAGACCGAGGUGCCCUUCGACAUGUUGGUCGUGGGCGUUGGCGCAGAGAAUGCCACUUUUGGCAUCCCCGGUGUAAAGGAAAACGGCCUCUUCCUCAAGGAGGUCGGCGACGCCCAGCGCAUCCGAAACCGCAUCAUGGACUGCUGCGAAACCGCUACCUUCAAGGACCAGUCUGACGAGGAAAAGAAGCGCUUGCUACACAUGGUCGUGGUCGGUGGUGGCCCAACGGGUGUCGAGUUUGCUGGCGAGCUCCAGGACUUCUUCCACUCCGAUCUGAAGAAGUGGCUCCCGGAGAUUCAGGACAACUUCAAAGUCACCCUGGUCGAAGCUCUGCCCAACGUCCUGCCCAUGUUCUCCAAGCAAUUGAUCGACUACACCGAGAAGACGUUCAAGGAGGAGACCAUCACCAUCCGGACCAAGACCAUGGUCAAGAACGUGGCGGAAAAGUACAUUGAGGCCGAGUCGGCUGGCCCAGAUGGCAAGAGGGUGGUGGAGAAGAUUCCGUACGGCCUCCUUGUCUGGGCCACUGGCAACGCUCUUCGACCCCUGGUCAAGGACCUGAUCAACCAGAUCCCCGCACAGAAGGAUUCCCGCCGUGGACUUGCCGUGAACGAGUACCUCGUUGUCAAGGGCACCGAGAAUGUCUGGGCUGUCGGUGACUGCGCCGUGGCCAACUAUGCCCCCACCGCCCAAGUCGCAGCCCAGGAGGGUGCUUUCCUAGCCCGCAUGUUUAACCAAAUGGCCAAGACGCAAGAUAUCGAAAGCGAGCUAGCCGAGCUGUCCGUCGCCCAGGAGAAGGCCCCAGGCAAGGAAGCCCGCGAUCAAGUGUUCAGCGAGAUCAAGGCGCUGCAGGCGAGGCUACGGAGAGUCAAACAGAUUGGUCCCUUCGAGUACUCUCAUCAGGGAUCGCUCGCCUACAUCGGCUCUGACAAGGCCGUGGCCGAUAUCUCGUGGUUCGCCGGCAACAUUGCCAGCGGCGGUACCGUAACGUACUUUUUCUGGCGAAGUGCCUACCUCAGCAUGUGCUUCAGCACGCGCAACAGGAUCCUAGUGUGCAUGGACUGGGUCAAGGCCAAGGCUUUCGGUCGCGAUGUGUCGCGUGUCUAGAUCAGGUCCUUUCCCUGCUCAAAAAUCUUCCCCCUCUCUAAAAAGUUCGUUUUUCUCCAGCGGUGAGCGCUUGGGGCUUUAUCCAUAUACUACACGACUACACUGGGCCUUUUUUCUGUGCGAUUACUAGUACGAUAUCUAGCCACCUGCUGUACAACUGUAAUCUCUGGGCGGUUCUCUAGGGUUCGGGUCUGAGACCCAUGUACCUUCUUUUCUAGUUCGAGCUCGGCGUUCAGCGGGCCCUCGUGCUUUGGAUAGAUUUUUAUUUUUCUCCCCUUUUUUUUUCUUUCACAUGUGCACUAUUAGUCAAGAA